UCCAAAAUGGCUUCACUCCACGUCUUCAACCGAAAGUCACUUGGCUUGAUUAUAAUAAGCUUAUGUCUGUUUUUAGAUAGCAAAGUGUUAGCGCGGCUGAAGCCAACUUCUACGAAACGGGACUUUGGGAAGGCAGACAAAACCAACUCCUUCAAUUGACUGGAAUAAGAUGUCGCCAUACUUCGAUGGCAUCGUUGCCAUUUUUGUCGAUCUGCCAAUUCUUGCCUCACACCGUCUUCUCCGUCUUGAACUUCGAAACUGGUUGUUAAACCAAACUGGAAAUAAGCAAUGCCAGGAUAUCCUGAAACCGCUGAACCAUGCAGUCUUUGCAAAUAAUCGUAACAACUCUCCUCAUCCACCAUCAUCACAUGACCAUACCAGCGCAGUCUUCUCUUGCACAGCGACGUCGAUUAUGCAGCAAAGCAUACGUGUAACAACAGAGUGUCAAGUAGAAAAACAAACCUGUUUAAACAGGUUAUAUCCAGCUCAAUAUUCCAGGUGUUUUAUGUUCAAACUGGCAAGAUUCAGCCUCUUACACCUACCCUACAAUGUCAUUCUAAAGCUAAACCAACACACCGUCGAAAUCUCAAAGCCACCAGGUAAAUGCCUGAUUAAUUCAAAACAGUGUGAAUAAAUAAGCAUCGUAGAGUAAGCUGAAUGGUAAAGGGUGAAGCGCUUCUCUUCACUUUCAAUUGUCAAAGAGUUCCAAAGCUGUCAAAGCCACUCGAGAACAUUUGUGCUGUGCAUGGGGAAGACACUGUUACUGAAA